AUGUUUAAACAGAAAAUGUUUAUAGGAAAAUUUAUGAUAGAUUUUAAAAAAUUAGUUUCAUCUUUUUCAACACAAAAAAAACUUCAUGACAUAUUAACAACACAUUUAAAACUUGACUAUAAUGUUAUUAAAAAUCAUAAAAUUGGAGAAAAUAAUUCUAUUAAUAAAAUAUCAAUGCAAAAAGUUAUUCAAAAUUGUAAUACCAUAAAGCAUAUGAAUAUAAAGAUAGAAAAAAUUGAUUAUUUAAUGAAAUGCUUGGCACUUAAACCUGUAAUUAUGAAAAAUAGAAUUUUUGUACUUAAGGAAUUAGGUAUAAAUUCUAUAGAACUAGUUGAUAUUUACCGAUUUCCAACAUUAAUGAGAAAAAAAGUAAAAACAUUUAAAAAAAUAAAUAAUAUACCUGCUACAGAAAAUAUUAUAAAAAAUAUAUUUUCUAAUACAGGUAUAAAAAUUGAUAUUACUACAGAUUUAAUUAAACUUGAAAAUCAUAUGAAAAUAGGCAAUUAUUAUCAAACAUGUAUGUUAUAUUAUAAAACAUUUUAUUUAAAAUUAUAUAAUCAAUCAUUUUUUAAAAAAUAUAGGAUGAAAUAUCGAAGUUUUACAGAAAUGUCCAAAUUAAUAGAUAUAUUGAAACAUAGAUGUAAUUUUGAUGAAAAAUUUAUAAUAAAAAAUUCAUAUCUCUUAAAUAUAGAUGUGGAUAAUGUUGAGAGAAUGCUGAAUGAAUUUAAAUAUAUUAAAAUAAAAGAAAAAAGUUUAUUUGAUUUAAUAAAUAUAUAUCCUCGUAUUCUCUUGUAUAAUUUAAAUGAAGUGAAAGAAUUAUUAGAGCUUUAUAAAACAUUAGAUAUAUCAUACCAAUUUUCUUAUAUUUGUUUAAAAUGUUUAUCAGUGAAAAAAGAAAAAUUUCUAGAAAGAUAUAAAGAUUUUGAAAAUAAUAUAGAAUUAGCUGUAUGGUUAAAACAUCCACGAAUCUUACAAUUAAUUUAUUAUUACAAAUUAGUCAAGAAGCGUUUAUAUUAUAUGAAAUAUUUAAAUUGUAUAGACAGUGCAAGUAUUCAAAUAUAUUUAUCAUCAAACGAAGUUUUUUUCAGAUUCAUAGAAGGAGAAUAUCAUUUGAAAUCUAGAAAAAAGUAUUUAUUAUUCAUUUUGCAUAAAGAAUUGGGAAGAGAUGUUGAUUUAUUACCUAUAAUUCAAAAACAUCCUUAUUGGAAAUAUGUAUCUUUGUUAAUAAUUAUUAAAUCACUACAAUAUUUAAAGAAAUAUUAUUCAAUAGAAAAUAUAUGUCAAAAUAUUCAUAUCAUAUUGUAUCCAAGAUCGAAGAUUAUUUACACAUUGAAUUUGUUGUAUAAAAAAUAUCCACAAGAGGAAUACAAUUCUCAUUAUUUAUCAUUAUGCUUAUACGAAUUAGAAAAAAAAUAUUAUUUUAGUGGAGAUGGAAUUUGGCUAAAUGACGUAUCAGUUUUUAAAUCAAGUAUUUUUGAGGAUUUAUAUGAAUUUGAAUAUAUAGAUAACAAUGAAAUAAACGAUCUAAAUGGAGAAGCAUGGCUUGAAUAUUUACUACGAUAAUAAGUAUAUUUGAAUAUAUUUAUAGAAAAAUAUAUAAAAAUAUAUGUAUAUUUUUUAUUUAAUUAAAAUAUUUUAUAUAUA